GGCAAGACUGGACUGCCCUCCGAGGCACAGAGGUCUCUGACUGGCCCCUGGACCUGCCGGGGUGGUUCUCGGGGUGGUGGGAGCCUCCCGAGCCCAGGGCCUUUGUGUGGCACAGCACGCCCUCCCCUGUAGUCCCCGUGCCCCCCCAGCCCUGUUCUCACCCUGCGUCUGUGCUGAGCAGGCUCUCCUGGGCCAUCUCGCAGAGGCAGAUUGGAGCUCGGGCAGUAGUUCAGGAGAGCGACCUUUGUUGGUACCUUUAAGUUCUAAAUCACCUUCUAGCAACCAUAUUUGUUUUUUUUGUGUUUGAACCAAAUCUCAUUUUCUCUGGCACAUAAUUCCUAGAACACGUGGCCUUGACUUCACGGUCUGCCUGGACAGGAGCGUGGUAGCUCCCAUCCCUCUGCCCCGAUGCAGAAGCCUGAGCCUGUGGUGACAGGUCCCUCACUGCAGCGGGGGAUGGGGUUAGCAGAGAUAAAUAAGGAUUUUUUAAGGUUUCCCAAGAAGAGAAAUUUGACCAGGAGUGCAGCUGUUUCCCACUGUUGUCUUUUUUUUUUAGCUAAUAGACUUUAUUUUUUAGAGCAGUUUCAGGUUCAUAGCAGAAUUGAGCAGAAGAUACAGAGUGCACAUAGCCCUCCCCACCCACACAUGUAUACUCCCCACCCUCAGCAUCGCUCAUCUGUGUGGCACGUUUGGUACAGUCGCUGAACCAACACGGGCACGUUCUUAUCGACCAAAGUCCACAGUUCACAUUAGGCCCACUGUUGUCUUCUCUCCCCGCGUAACCUGGUAUAAACAGGAAGCUGUCCUCCCCCCCAGGCUCUGCGCUCCCGGACACACAGGGUCUGUUGCCAGCCUCUGGCUUUGAGCCAGGCGUAGCAGCAUCCCCUGCAUCGUGGUCCUCUGUCCGCGGGUCAGAGAGUGAUCAGUGUGGCUGCGGUGGUGUCUGCUUCCAGCCACACACUCAGAAGAGAGCCAGUCUGGAGAGAGAAGGUCCCUUUCCUGGUGGACAGGGUAUAGGUGCCCAGAGGCACGUCAGCUGCCAGGAAACUGGACAAGCAGAGGAAUGAUCUUAGGGUGCUUACUCUUGCUACGGUUCUAUGAGUAACAGGAUGAGCUCCUGGUGGAAAUGAGGGAGCAGUGGUUUCUGAACACACCAGGCCACCGCACUUUAUUUGAACCCUCUGUGCGAAAGUGAAGACAGUAGGUCAAUCCAGGGACAGAACCUGGGUAACGGGCCCGAUGGCCUACCCCUUCCCCUGUCAGGUGGACGGUCCUCGCCCCCCGGGUGGGUCACAUCGUAGGGUCUUAUGGGGGUUUGUGAAGCAGGAGGGUCUCCUGGCAAAGCAGGCCCCCAGUUUCAGUCCCUGUUGCCACAGGAGGAGAAUUCUGGGAGAAGAGAUGGGUGGACGUUCCCCACCGGCCUCCUGUAUGUUACCUUUUCUAAUCCUCACAAAGCCGUGGGAGGUGCUGUCUCCAGUUUGCAGAUGAGCAGACAGAGGCUUUGGUGAGAAGGAGCCGGGUGUGGGCCGAGCCCUGCCUCAUCGCGGCCGCCAAGGCGGAGUACGACGGGGUGAUAGAGGAGUUUUUGGCAACGGGAGAGAAGCUUUUCGGACCCUACGUUUGGGGCAGGUAUGAUGUGCUCUUCAUGCCCCCGUCUUUCCCAUUUGGGGGCAUGGAGAACCCCUGCCUGACCUUCGUCACCCCCUGCCUGCUGGCGGGCGACCGCUCCCUGGCCGAUGUCAUCAUCCAUGAGGUGUCCCACAGCUGGUUCGGGAACCUGGUCACCAACGCCAACUGGGGGGAGUUCUGGCUGAAUGAGGGCUUCACCAUGUACGCCCAGAGGAGGAUCUCCACCACCCUCUUUGGGGCCGCGUACACCUGCUUGGAAGCCGCGACGGGGCGGGCUCUGCUUCGGCAGCACAUGGACCUAACGGGCGAGGACCACCCACUGAACAAGCUGCGGGUGAAGAUAGAGCCAGGUGUUGACCCGGACGAUACGUACAAUGAGACCCCCUAUGAGAAAGGCUUCUGCUUCGUCUCCUACCUGGCCCACCUGGUGGGCGACCAGGGCCAGUUUGACAGCUUCCUCAAGGCCUACGUGGAUGAAUUUAAAUUCCAAAGUAUCUUAGCCGAUGACUUUCUUGAGUUCUACUUGGAAUAUUUCCCUGAGCUGAAGAAAAAGGGGGUGGAUUCCAUCCCAGGGCUUGAGUUUGAUCACUGGCUGAACACCCCGGGCUGGCCCCCCUACCUCCCUGACCUCUCUCCCGGGGACUCCCUCAUGAGGCCGGCUGACGAGCUGGCCCAGCUGUGGGCGACCGCGGAGCUAGACCAGAGGGCCAUCGACGCUGUGUCCAUCUCUGCCUGGAAGACCUACCAGCUGGUUUACUUCCUGGAUAAGGUUCUCCAGAAGUCCCCUCUCCCCGCCGGGAAUGUGAAAAGACUUGGAGAGACAUAUGCAAAGGUCUCAAAUUCCCAGAACGCAGAGCUCCGGCUGCGGUGGGGCCAGAUUGUCCUUAAGAACGACUACCAGGAGGAUUUCUGGAAAGUGAAGGAAUUCCUGCAGAGCCAGGGGAAGCAGAAGUACACCCUCCCGCUGUACCACGCCAUGAUGCGGGGCAGCGAGGCCGCCCGGGCCCUGGCCAAGGAGACCUUUGCUGCCACUGCCUCCCAGCUCCACAGCAACGUGGUCCACUACGUGCAGCAGAUCGUGGCGCCCACGGGCACUUAGAGGCCCCCGCGACGGCCUCUGCCUCGGCUGACUUGGCAGCUCCGCAGCCAUAGCUCCCAGUGCCGGGUCUCGCCAGCUUCGCGAGUUCACAGCCCCAGGAUAGGCAGCCUGUUCCCUGGGCCUCUGCUCCGACCUGAGACCAGGGGACCGCAUAGGGCAGUUCCCUCGGGCAGGCCCAGCCGCUGGCGCUGGCAGGGGCCGUCUCCCCCCCACCUGGGUCUCAGGAGGAGCAAGAAGGAUUUUCUUUUCUUUUUGCUGAUUCUCUCAGUACUGUGCAAAGCGCUGCAUUCCUUUUUGAGGUUUAAUCAUGAUUUUAAUAAAUAUUUUUGAGUGAAAAGUC